AUGGCAUCGACCUACGAGGUUGGCACAAGGGCAUGGCAGCCCGAUGCCGCUGAGGGAUGGGUAGCCUCAGAGCUUAUCAAUAAGACCAUUGAUGGCAACAAGGCCAAGCUCACCUUUCAGUUCGAGAAUGGCGAGACCAAGGACAUCGAGGUCACUGUUGAGGCCCUCCAGAGCGGCAACCAUCCCUCUCUGCCGCCUCUGAUGAACCCCACCGUCCUCGAAGCCAGCGAUGAUCUUACAAAUCUUUCCCAUCUCAAUGAGCCUGCUGUCUUGCAAGCAAUCAGGCUGCGAUACCUGCAGAAGGAAAUCUACACCUACAGUGGUAUCGUUCUAAUUGCUACCAACCCCUUCGCAAGAGUCGAUUCUCUCUAUGUUCCUGGCAUGGUCCAAGUCUAUGCCGGAAGACAGCGAGCUACCCAGGCACCUCACUUGUUCGCUAUUGCCGAGGAAGCCUUCAUUGACAUGAUUCGGGACAAGAAGAACCAGACCAUUGUCGUGUCGGGAGAGUCUGGUGCUGGAAAGACUGUCAGUGCCAAGUACAUCAUGCGUUACUUUGCUACCAGAGAGUCUCCCGACAACCCUGGCGCGCGCUCCAAGCGAGGUGAAACCAUGAGCGAAACCGAGGAGCAGAUUCUCGCGACCAACCCCAUCAUGGAAGCGUUCGGUAACGCCAAGACCACCCGAAACGACAACUCGUCUCGAUUCGGAAAGUACAUUGAGAUCAUGUUCGACGACAAGACAAAUAUUAUCGGUGCUAAGAUCAGAACUUAUCUUCUCGAGCGUUCACGACUCGUGUUCCAGCCUCUCAAGGAGCGAAACUACCACAUUUUCUACCAGCUUGUCGCUGGCGCUUCGGACAAGGAACGGGAAGAGCUCAACCUUCUGCCUAUUGAGCAGUUUGAGUACUUGAACCAAGGAAACUGCCCAACCAUCGACGGUGUAGAUGACAAGGCCGAAUUCGAAGCGACCAAGAAGUCUCUGACUACCAUUGGUGUCUCGGAUGCUCAGCAAGCCGACAUUUUCAAGCUCUUGGCCGGUCUGCUGCAUCUCGGUAACGUCAAGAUCACGGCAUCGCGUAACGACAGUGUGCUCGCCCCGACUGAGCCUUCCCUGGAGCGUGCUUGCGACAUUCUCGGUGUCAAGGCGGAGGAGUUCGCUCGGUGGAUCGUGAAGAAGCAGCUCGUCACCCGUGGUGAAAAGAUCACAUCGAACCUGAGCCAGGCUCAGGCUAUCGUUGUCCGAGAUUCCGUCGCCAAGUUCAUCUACUCGAGUCUGUUUGACUGGCUGGUUGAAAUCAUUAACUAUAGUCUGGCUGCCGAGGAGGUCCUGAACCGUGUGACCUCGUUCAUCGGUGUCCUGGAUAUCUACGGAUUCGAGCACUUCGCCAAGAACUCGUUCGAGCAGUUCUGUAUUAACUACGCCAACGAGAAGCUCCAGCAGGAAUUCAACCAGCACGUUUUCAAGCUUGAGCAAGAAGAGUACCUCAGGGAGCAGAUUGAUUGGACCUUUAUUGACUUCUCUGACAACCAGCCAUGUAUCGACCUAAUCGAAGGCCGCAUGGGUAUUCUGUCCUUGCUUGACGAAGAGUCUCGUCUCCCCAUGGGUUCUGAUGAGCAGUUUGUGACGAAGCUUCACCACAACUUCUCUACCGACAAGCACAAGUUCUACAAGAAGCCCAGAUUCGGCAAGUCGGCCUUCACAGUCUGCCAUUAUGCCAUCGACGUCACCUAUGAGUCCGAGGGCUUCAUCGAGAAGAACCGUGAUACUGUCCCUGAUGAGCACAUGGCUGUCCUGCGUGCCUCGAGCAACGACUUCCUCAAGAAGGUUCUGGAGGCUGCCUCGGCAGUGCGAGAAAAGGAUGUUGCGUCAUCGUCCUCCAACGCCGUUAAGCCCGCCGGUGGUAGGAAGAUCGGCGUUGCUGUCAACAGGAAACCCACACUUGGAGGUAUCUUCCGAUCGUCGCUGAUCGAGCUUAUGGGCACUAUCAACAACACCGAUGUCCACUACAUCCGAUGUAUCAAGCCUAACGAGGCCAAGGAAGCCUGGAAGUUCGAGGGACCCAUGGUUCUCAGCCAGCUCCGUGCUUGUGGUGUCCUCGAGACCGUUCGCAUUAGUUGUGCCGGUUACCCAACUCGAUGGACCUACGAGGAGUUUGCUCUCCGAUACUACAUGCUGGUGCGCUCUGACCAAUGGACCUCCGAGAUUCGCGAAAUGGCCGAUGCCAUCCUUAAGAAGGCGCUCGGAACCAGCACCAGCAAGGGGCUUGACAAGUACCAGCUCGGUCUCACCAAGAUCUUCUUCCGAGCUGGUAUGCUUGCCUUCCUCGAGAAUCUCCGAACCAACCGCCUCAAUGACUGUGCUAUCAUGAUUCAGAAGAACUUGAGGGCCAAGUACUACCGACGUCGCUACCUUGAGGCCCGUGAGGCAGUUAUCCGCACACAGUCUGCUAUCAGGGCUUGGAAGGCCAGGAAACAGGCUAUGGAGCUCCGCACCAUCAAGGCUGCCAUUUCCAUCCAGCGUGUCUGGCGUGGUCAGAAGCAGCGCAGGACCUUCCUGCGCAUCAGGAGAGAUAUGGUGCUCUUCGAGUCAGCUGCCAAGGGAUACCUUCGGAGAAAGAACAUUAUGGAGACACGCCUUGGUAAUGCCGCGCUUGUGAUCCAGAGAUCAUGGAGGUCACGAAGACAGCUGCGGGCUUGGAGACAAUACCGCAACAAGGUGGUGUUGAUUCAGAGCUUGUGGCGUGGUAGGAAGGCCCGCAAGGAUUACAAGAAGAUUCGUGAGGAGGCUCGCGACCUUAAGCAGAUUUCCUACAAGCUUGAAAACAAGGUCGUUGAGCUCACCCAGUCUCUGGGCUCGAUGAAGGAGAAGAACAAGAGCCUGGCAUCCCAGGUGGAGAACUACGAGGGACAGAUCAAGUCAUGGAAGAACCGCCACAACGCUCUGGAAGCCCGAACGAAGGAGCUUCAGACAGAAGCGAACCAAGCCGGUAUUGCCGUCGCCAGACUGCAAGCAAUGGAGGAUGAGAUGAAGAAGCUCCAGGUUGCCUUUGAUGAGUCAACGGCGAAUAUCAAGAGAAUGCAAGAGGAGGAACGGGAGCUGAGGGAGUCCCUGCGCACAACGAACUCGGAACUGGAGACAGCAAGGAGGACAAGCACCCAGCACGAGAAGGACAACAUGAGCCUCAGACAGGAGCUCGAGGCUCUUCGAGACGCUCUGGAGAUGGCUCGGAGGAACGCUCCCAUCAACGGAGAGCUCGCCAAUGGAACAGUACCUGCACUUCCGGCAGCCUCUGGGCUUAUCAACCUUGUCUCCUCCAAGAAGCCCAAGCGCCGCAGCGCCGGGGCGGAGCCACGGGAGCUUGAUCGCUUUAGCGGUACUUAUAACCCUCGGCCGGUCUCCAUGGCGGUUACUAGCACGGCACAUCGUCAGAAUCUUUCUGGCUCGACCUUCCUUCCUGGCGUCGAUAAUAUCGAAAUGGAGCUCGAGGGCCUUCUCGCGGACGAGGAUGGCCUCAACGAGGAGGUAACAAUGGGCUUGAUCAAGAACCUCAAGAUCCCCUCUCCCAACACCACCCCUCCACCUUCGGACAAGGAGGUGCUCUUCCCUUCAUACCUCAUCAACCUGGUAACAUCAGAGAUGUGGAACAACGGUUUCGUCAAGGAGUCGGAACGUUUCCUCGCAAACGUGAUGCAGUCUAUCCAGCAGGAGGUGAUGCAGCACGAUGGCGACGAGGCCAUCAACCCUGGUGCCUUCUGGCUGUCCAACGUGCACGAGAUGUUGUCAUUCGUGUUCCUUGCCGAGGAUUGGUAUGAGGCCCAGAAGUCGGACAACUAUGAGUACGACCGACUCCUGGAGAUCGUCAAGCACGACCUCGAGAGUCUGGAGUUCAACAUCUACCACACUUGGAUGAAGGUGUUGAAGAAGAAGCUGCACAAGAUGAUCAUCCCGGCUAUCAUCGAGUCCCAGUCUUUGCCUGGUUUCGUUACCAACGAGAGCAGUCGAUUCCUGGGCAAGCUCCUCCAGUCUAACUCAACACCAGCGUACAGCAUGGACAACCUCCUGAGCCUGCUGAACAGCGUCUUCCGCGCGAUGAAGGCGUACUACCUGGAAGACUCCAUCAUCACCCAGACCAUCACUGAGCUCCUGCGGUUGGUGGGUGUGACGGCUUUCAACGACCUCCUCAUGCGACGAAAUUUCCUCUCAUGGAAGCGUGGCCUCCAGAUCAACUACAACAUCACGCGCAUUGAGGAAUGGUGUAAGAGCCACGAUAUGCCCGAAGGCACGCUUCAGCUGGAGCAUCUGAUGCAAGCAACCAAGCUUCUUCAGCUCAAGAAGGCCACAUUGAAUGAUAUCGAAAUCAUUCAGGACAUUUGCUGGAUGCUCUCACCAAACCAGAUCCAGAAGCUCCUCAACCAGUACCUGGUUGCUGAUUACGAGCAGCCGAUCAAUGGAGAGAUCAUGAAGGCUGUGGCUUCGCGGGUAACUGAGAAGAGCGACGUGCUGCUCCUCCAGGCCGUGGACAUGGACGACAGUGGUCCUUACGAGAUCGCUGAACCCCGAGUCAUUACGGCGCUUGAGACUUAUACUCCUUCUUGGCUCCAAACUCCUCGCCUCAAGAGGCUGGCUGAAAUUGUGUCAGCACAAGCUAUCGCUCAGCAGGAGAAGUUUGACUAUGCUGAGGGCGACGAGUAUGACGCACCGGACGAACUGGCUGGCGUUGAUGAGGUGGAGGUAGAACAGUAG